CAAAAAUGAGGUAUGACGCAGAGCGGCGCACGGCCAUUGGCUGCCGCAGGGCUAGCCAUGACCCUUUUUUCUGCACGCGCUGCCGCGCUAGGGCCGUCUCGGCUAGGCUGACAGGCGGCAAACGUUUGAUUCUACAUUGCUCCGACCACAACACCAAUACUUGCUGCAGUUGGUUAUCACUGCUUCCCCGCAGAGGACGCAUUCUUUAUAUGAUAUCGUGCCACUUUUUCUUGGGUUCACUGCUUGCAUUCCACAUCUCUACACAUCCUGCAUCGUCGGACACCUCGUUCAGUUCAUGUACGCACGGCGCGAGGCUCUCCGCUGACAAAAACGAUUCGAAGCUUCGGCGCUCUCCCUUUUCCCAAAGCGGACACCGGCCUUGCUUGCCUGUUUUCUGGAAUCAAGGUUCAGGGUUCAACAUGGUCAAAUUGGAAAACGUCAAGGCUCGAAAAAGUCCAAUUGCUGCCCCGCUUCCGCUUAACAACUUCACUCUUCGCUGCAAUCGUCUCGAGUUGGGCAGGACAACCCUGACCGGAGCCCAAUUAGCCCCGUGCUGCCAAAUCACUCCACCCGUUACCCGCUGA